AUGUUGGCAGGCGAACUAUCCCUUAAAACUGACAGUCUCACCUCAGAGAUCCCUUUAUCUGCAAUGGUGUUUUCUUGGCGAGGAGGCUUCGAAACUCGGAGCCUGCUACUCUCGCUUCUGCUCCUCGCAGCCUGGGAGUCGGGGAGCGGCCAGGUCCAUUACUCGGUUCCCGAGGAGGCAAAACACGGCACCUUCGUGGGCCGCAUCGCCCAGGACCUAGGACUGGAGCUGGCGGAGCUGGUGCCCCGCCUGUUCCGGGUGGCGUCCAAAGGCCGCGGGGAUCUUCUGGAGGUAAAUCUGCAGAAUGGCAUUUUGUUUGUGAAUUCUCGGAUCGACCGGGAAGAGCUGUGCGGGCGGAGCGCGGAGUGCAGCAUCCACCUGGAGGUGAUCGUGGACCGGCCGCUGCAGGUGUUCCAUGUGGAGGUGGAGGUGAAGGACGUUAACGACAAUCCUCCAGUAUUCAGAGGAGAACAAAAGGUACUCAUUUCUGAAUCUGCGCCUUUGGAGUCUCGUUUUCCUCUAGAGGGCGCUUCUGAUGCGGAUAUCGGCCUAAACUCUCUCCUGACCUACAGGUUAAGUUUAAAUGAGUAUUUUACUCUUAAACUAAUAACGAAAACCGACAAAAGUAUACUGCCUGAACUCAUUCUUCGGAAGUCAUUGGAUAGAGAAGAAAUACCAGAACUUAAUAUGUUGCUGACCGCUCUGGAUGGCGGUAAACCCCAGCUAACAGAAUCUGUUCAGAUUCAAAUAACCAUCCUGGAUGUUAAUGACAAUGCUCCUGAGUUUGAUAAGCCUGGCUAUAAAGUGGUGCUGUUUGAAAAUGUCCCAAACGGCACCAGAAUCAUUCAACUAAACGCUUCUGAUCUAGACGAAGGACCAAACAGAGAAAUUUCCUAUGGAAUCAGAAUGAUUCUGCCACUGAGUGAGAAAUGUAUGUUUUUAAUAAAUCCACAAACAGGUGAAAUUAGAAUUUACGGGAAACUGGAUUUUGAAGAGAAUAAUGAGUAUGAAAUCCAGGUUAACGCCAUUGAUAAAGGGAUUCCGCCCAUGGCUGGUCAUUGCACGGUCCUGGUGGAAGUUCUAGACCUGAAUGACAAUACCCCUGAGGUAAUGAUCACUUCGCUGUCGCUCCCAGUGCGGGAGGACGCUCAGGUGGGCACUGUCAUCGCCUUGAUCAGCGUGUCCGACUGUGACUCCGGCGCCAAUGGGCAGGUGACCUGCUCACUCACACCACCGCAUAUCCCCUUCAAGCUGGUGUCCACCUUCAAGAAUUACUAUUCUCUAGUGCUGGACAGCGUCCUGGACCGCGAGAGUGCGUCGAACUAUGAGGUGGUGGUGACAGCGAGGGACGGUGGCUCACCUUCUCUGUCGGCCACUGCCAGCGUGUCCGUGGAGGUGGCCGACGUGAACGACAACGCGCCCGCGUUCGCGCAGCCAGAGUACACGGUGUUCGUGAAGGAGAACAACCCGCCCGGCUGCCACAUCUUCACCGUGUCGGCGCGAGACGCGGACGCGCAGGAGAACGCGCUGGUGUCCUACUCGCUGGUGGAGCGACGGGUGGGCGAGCGCGCACUGUCGAGCUACGUGUCGGUGCACGCGGAGAGCGGCAAGGUGUACGCGCUGCAGCCACUGGACCACGAGGAGCUGGAGCUGCUGCAGUUCCAGGUGAGCGCGCGCGACGCGGGCGUGCCGCCCCUAGGCAGCAACGUGACCCUGCAGGUGUUCGUGCUGGAUGAGAACGACAACGCGCCUGCGCUACUGCCGCCCGGGCCAGGUGGAGGACCCAGCGCGCUGAGCCAGGUGGUGGCGCGUUCGGUGGGCGCGGGCCACGUGGUGGCGAAGGUGCGCGCGGUGGACGCCGACUCGGGCUACAACGCGUGGCUGUCCUACGAGCUGCAGCUGGCGGCGGGUGGCGCGAGCAGCCCGUUCCGCGUGGGGCUGUACACCGGCGAGAUCAGCACGACGCGCGCCCUGGACGAGGCGGACGCGCCCCGCCAGCGCCUGCUGGUGCUGGUGAAGGACCACGGCGAGCCGGCGCUGACGGCCACGGCCACCGUGCUGCUGUCGCUGGAGGACAGCGGCCAGGCGCCCAAGGCCUCUUCGCGGGCAUUGUCUGGUGCAGCUGGCGCAGAGACGGCGUUAGUGGAUGUGAACGUGUACCUGAUCAUCGCCAUCUGCGCGGUGUCCAGCCUGUUUGUGCUCACGCUGCUGCUGUACACGGCGCUGAGGUGCUCGGCGCCGCCCAGCGAGGGCGCGUGCGGGCCGGUGAAGCCCAGGCUUGUGUGCUCCAGCGCGGUGGGGAGCUGGUCUUUCUCUCAGGAGAGGCGGCAGAGGGUGUGCUCUGGGGAAGGGCCGCCCAAGACCGACCUCAUCGCCUUCAGCCCCUGUCUUCCAGCGUCUGGAGAAGAUUGUUUAAAUCCUUCCAGUGAAGUAAGUCCUUGA